GUCGUCAAGAUUGGCGAUCGCUUCAUGCCCCGUCAUUGCAACAUUGGCCGCCAUUGUGGUCCAACUUGACAAUGAUACGCUCACGAACCGCCCGGUUGGCACUCCCGGCCUUACGAAGAAGCCAAUGGACGUGUCCAGCUUGUCUGUCCUCGCGCCGCCCCUACUCCCAGAAGCCCGACCAGCGCGAACCACCUGAUCAUCGCAAACUUGGCCUCCAGCAAGAACUCUUCAUCAGCUCCCUCUACAGCCCCGGAUCUCCCAUAUUCCUCCCAAAUGGCGCCCGAAUAUUCAACCGAUUGGUGGAUUUUUUGAGGAAGCAAUACGUGCGGUAUGGAUUCGAGGAAGUCAUCACCCCCACCAUCUACAAGAAGUCGCUUUGGGCCAGGUCAGGGCAUUUGCAGAACUAUGCGGACGACAUGUACUCGGUGACAGGGAAUACGCCGCAGCCGAAUGCAGACCAUACGGGGUGCUGCGAUGGAGAUCACGCCAACACGGCCAAGGCGGAGGAAGAGGAAGAAGGCGACUAUGGCUUGAAACCCAUGAACUGCCCCGGCCAUUGCCUGAUUUUCGCUUCAAAACGACACAGCUAUCGAGACCUUCCUAUCCGCUACGCAGACUUCAGCCCGCUGCACCGAAAUGAGACCUCGGGAUCGCUGAGCGGAUUGACUCGAGUGCGUCGCUUCCACCAAGACGACGGACACAUCUUCUGCCGGCCGAGCCAGGUCGAGGAGGAGAUCAAGAAGACCCUGGACUUUGUCAAGGUUGUCUAUACUGUGCUGCGAUUUGGUGUGGGCUACCGACUGGCACUCUCUACACGACCAAAGGAUCAUUACAUCGGCACCGAGGAGGAGUGGUCGCGAGCCGAGGACUCCCUGAAACGAGCCCUGGAUGCGUCGGGCAUGGAUUGGGGUGUGAAGGAAGGCGACGGUGCCUUCUACGGACCCAAGAUUGACAUCAUUCUCAAAGACUCCGACGGCAAGGAGCACCAGACGGCCACGAUUCAGCUCGACUUCCAGCUCCCCAAGCGCUUCGAGCUCGAGUACCAAGCCCCGGCCCCCGAGUACGAAGCCCGCGGCGAGACCACCGAGGAUCCGGUACUGCUGGCCGAGUACGGCCCCGUCCGGCCAGUCAUGAUCCACCGUGCCGUCCUGGGCUCCGUGGAGCGUCUCAUGGCACUCCUGAUUGAGAAAUAUGACGGCAAGUGGCCGUUCUGGCUCAACCCACGCCAGGCAAUCGUCCUCACCGUCAACACCUCCACGCCUGUGCUGGACUGGGCCGAGGAAGUUCGCGACGUGUUGGUGGGCCAGAACAAGAAGGUCUACGAACAGCUUGAAGCUGGGUCACUCCCUGCACAGGGCGAUGUCCUGCGGCCGACCGGGCUGGCCGUGGAUGUGGACACGACGGCGAGGUCCCUCGGCGCCAAGAUCAGGGAGGCGCGUAAGAACGGCUACGGCCAGAUCCUGGUGGUCGGAGACGAGGACGUCAAGAACAAGCAGGUUGCAUUGGGCAAGGAACGGAUGUCUCCCGAAGAGUUGCGCGAGCGCUUGCGAGGCAUGGUGGAUACAUUUGCGUAG